ACGCCCGUGUCCAUCCGGACAAGAGCAAGGCCAUGGGCCUUGGCAGGUUUGCGCACCUGACGGGCCCUUGCCCACACACGGGGGUGCCGUUUACCACUGGCGCCGUGACGCACCUGGGUGUGCCCCUGUCAUGGGACUCGGAUGCGGCUACAGCUGACUUGUACACCAGGCGGGCUCGCGGCAUGGCGUUUGUGGCGCGUCUGUGGGCUGCCCUGUCUCUGACUCUGGUUGGCCGUGUGCACAUUGCGAAGCAGGUGCUGGCGGCGAAGCUGGCCUACCACUUCAGCUUCCUCAACCCGUCGCCUGCGCAGCUGAAGGAACUCACCGACCUGGUGGACCACUUUGCUGCGCGCUCCAUGCACGCUGAGGACGCCAGCCUGGUGUCGCACGGGAACCCGCUCCUGCUGCCAAAGCGGGAAACGGCAUGUCUGCCGUACAAGGACGGGGGUGUCAACCACGUCGACCUGCCUGCGUUCCUGUCUGCCCUGCAAGCUAAGACUUUCGCCCUCCUUGCCCAGCCAGGCCGGCAACCCUGGAAGACGCUCACCCGGGCGCUGCUUACCCAUGUGCGCCCGGACUCCGCCACCACGUGGGCGUGGAUGUACAGCGACGCGCCGGCGCCAGCGGGGCUGCCUGCCCGGCUGGCGGCCGCGGUCGGCCACGUGCGGAGCGCGGGUGUGGAACAGCAUCCGCCGCAGCCAGCCACUCAGCCGCCAGCGGCGCCGCCACAGUGGCGGGUUAGCCUGGACCAGCUGUGGGUGGCUAACGCUGCGGGGGCUGUGUCCUACGUCCACUACACGGGGCGGCUCUUGGAGCCUGGGCCUGGCGUGCUGCCCCCGGCGGUGGAUGGGGCGUGGCAGCCUGCCUGUGUGCUGCAGCAUCGCAAGCCGCGGCACCUGUGGACCUUUGAAGAGCGGGCGGCGUACGAUGCAGCAUCACCAGAAGAACGGGCGGGGGCGUGGCCUCGGGCGCCGUACUUCCUGGCGCCGGAGGCUGGGGUGGUGGUGCACCCGGAGCACUGCCGGAUUGCGGAUGUCAGCUUAGCGGACUACACGGUGCGGGACGUGCGGCGGGCCAUCACCGCGGCCAACCCGGCCGCACCUCUGGCUCCGGCCCGCCCCGCAGCCAUGCCGUGCCCGGCGCCAGCACAGCAGGCGGGGGGUUCGGGGACCCAGCCGGCGGCACAGUCGCGGCUGGCGGAGCGGGAGGCGGAGUGGCAGCGUGCAGCGGCGCAGCUGACCACCACGGCGGCGCAGCAUUUCCACAAUAACCCGGUGGCUCUGGACCCCUGGCUCCACCGCACCUCCGCGGCAGCCGGGCUGCAGAACACGCCGGCGAGAGAACUGCAGUCGUAUGCGUCCCCGUCCCAGCACUCAGCUUAUGCGCAGGCGAGGACGUGGCUGCAGCAGCUGUGGGCCUGCGUUGCGCCCCAGGCAGCGGCGCCGCAAGUGACGGACGCGGGCUUCAUGCUGGGGGACCGCAUGGGGGUCCACCAGACUGAACUGGGCGAGGAGGCUGGCAAGUUGCGGGGCACCUGCAGCACGUGACGGGCUAGGGGCCGCCUCCUGACUGGCAUCGGUGACACAGUUCC